AUGUAUGGGAAUGUUAGUGAGUGGAUUUUUAAAUUGUUUCUGAUUUGCAUUUUGCUUAAUGCUUACCAUUCUGCAAGGUGAUCAAUUGGAGUUUCAAUGUGUAACUUUAUAACAUGAAGUUGGUUUAUCCAAUUCGUUCUCAAUUGUCAACUUCUUUAAUUUUAUAUACACACUUUACUUCUGCCAUGAUAAAUUUGGUAUUGUUGAAGUUGAAAAGAAUAUAUGACAAAACUUAGUCAAAAUUUUGUUUCACAUAUUCUGUUGAUAUUUCACAAAUUCAAUCUUUCCUUCAAGAAGAAAUAGAAAACUCUGCCGGCCAACGGGUCGGGCACGAUUACUAGUAUAGGUAGGAAAGGCAUGGGAAGGAUUAAUUGAAGGGAAUGGAGUUAGGUACCGAGAAGUUGUCUUCUUGUUUUUCAACAUUCUUAUCAUUACAUCUAUACAAUAUAACAACAAGUUGGAUAUCAAUUUCAUCCAAACCAUUAUUAUUUUAUUAGUGGUUUAAAAUUUUAUGCAGAGUAAAAGAUUUUUAAUUAAUCAACUGCAAUAUUGAAUCAGUAUCACAUAAUAUAGAACUGUAUUUACCCGUAUUCAUCACUAAAUUCAAAUAUCAAAGAGUGUAGUAUUUUUCAAAUAGAUUAAUUUUUUUUGUCUCAAAUAAUUAAAGUAAUUCUAGUGAAUCAUGUUGUAUAUAAUAGAGUGCAACAUCUUAUUAUUCACAUUACAUACAUGCUAAACUAGUUAGGAAGGAAUAAGGUGAAGUAACCACAACUAGGGGUGUCAGUCGGUUUCGGUUUAACUAAAAACCGAAUUCUCGGUUAUUGGUUAAACCGAGCCACCUCCUAUGACUACCGACCACCGACCGUGAGGGGGUCACGGUUAGCCGGCCAACCGACCGGUCGGUUUCGGUUUAAGACUCGGUUAGCCGGCCAACCGAAAAACCUGCCCACUUUCUCCACUUUUGCCUGCCCUUUCUCCUUCAUGCUCUCUCCUCGGAAUCUCCUCUCAAUUCAAUCCUCCAGAGACAGAGCCAUGUCCAUUUUCUUUUCCUUCGACCCCUAAACCAGACUCUACCCCUCUCUAGCUCUGCUCUCCCUCCCUCGCCUGCGUCUCCCCCGAUCUGGUCACGACUGCCGCCGAGCCGUUUCCUUCUCUCUUCGCCCAAAACCAAAAACCAAAACCCAGAAAAGGGGUCAAAAUCCCAGCAAAAACCCAGAAAAUCAAACAUGCAAAACCAUAAUCCGCCACUUACCAUCGAUUUGGAGGCUGGCCGGCACUCCAACGGCGUAUUAUAGGCUGGGAUCUUGUCUAAUUCCAAAGUGGAUUUUCUGGGUUCAUGGGAAGUGAUUUUCCCCUCCUGUUUCUGGGAAAGAAGAAGAAAGUAAAUCGAGGGAGGAGGGUUUCUGAUUUCAGAAGGCAUGGUGGAGAGGGAAGGAAUGGUUUUUGGGUCUCUGGUUCGUUUCGUAGAGAGAACUAAGGAGAAGGAGGAAGAGAGGUUUGAGCGCCGACGACGAUGGUGGUGGCGAUUGGCGAACGAGGAGAAGGAGAAGGAAACGAAUCGGAGUGCGGCCAGCCUACUCUCGACGACGAUGGCGGAGAUGAAGGAAGCAGAGGCGGGGAGGAUGGCCGACAAUCUGGUGUCGGAAGCGGCGCGACGCGGGGAGAUCCGAAGAGGCGCGGCGCGGCGCAGGGAGAUCCGGAGAGGCGGCGCGGUGCGGGGAGAAAGGAAGGGGUUAGGUUUCGUUUGUGUUGGGGGAGGGGUUCUGGGAAAUGGGAAUGGAAGCGGGGUCGUUUGGAGCAGCAGGCGCGUAGGUCGGUUACCUUCGGUUAGUCGCGUAACCGGUUUCCGGUUAGUCGGCUAACCGAAGCACCCCUCAGCCCUUCCGGCAACCGACCGCUACAAGUAAAGGGCGGUUUUCGGUUAGCCACUAACCGACGGUUAUCGGUCAAACCGACCGGUUAGCCGCUAACCGACAACCGAACUGCCACCCCUAACCACAACCGACUUUGAAUGUACUAGAAACCAUAACCGUAUUAGGAGAUUAAUGAAGCUGGGAGUACGGUACUAGAAGGCGUGGGUGGAAGAAAGAUGAAUAAAAGUUAAAAGGACAUAUAUAGUAGCUAAUUAAAGGUGAUUCACUUAUUUGUAAACUUGUUGUACAUUUCACUCGUAAUAAGUGUUAUAAUAAUUUGCAAUGUAAGUUAUGAAAAACUGUAAAAUGAUUAAUUAAAUUGAUGAACAGCAUAACUAGCUUAAAAAUAAAAUGAUGAACGUAAU